GAGUGUUUGCGUUCUGCAUCUGGAACCGAAUAUAGAGGUUUCCAGUCCCAUACAAUAUCAGGAAAAUCAUGCGUGAGUUGGAUUAGUCAUAAGGGUAUCUUGUUGGAUGAGCCUGGAGAAAAGCAAAACUACUGUCGGAAUCCAGGUGGUGUAGGGGUAAUUCCAUGGUGUUUCAUAAGUGAAAAUACAGAUAUCUGGGAAUAUUGUCCGAUACCAAGUUGUCAGAAGAUUUGCUCCCUAAAUGAUGAUGGAUCCGAUUUCCUUGGAAAUCUGGACGUCUCCAUGAGUGGCAAAACCUGCCAAGCCUGGCCAUUGGUAGAUAAGGCCCGACCAAAAUUUCCCAAAUCCACCUUUCCUCAUGGAAAAGAUGAACAUAACUUUUGUCGUAAUCCAGGAAGUUCCCAAAGCAAGACUUGGUGUUAUAUCAACUCAACCUCUUUAGAUUAUGAACAUUGU